GGCGAAGAAUGGUUGCCUUGGAGACGUAAACCCAGGGCCCAGGGUGCGGAGCGGAGAAGGUCUGCGCACUGAGGCGUCCGAGGGAGACCCGUGAGGACCACCUUUAGCCAAGGGAAGUCCCACGCCAACGUGUUGCUCCUGGCCAGGAUGUCCAAGGCGCUGAGUGCCGUGACCCCCAAGAGCACGCCCUAUGACAAGAACAGCCCAGGCUCCACCGAUAGCCCUUCUCCAGUCUUUGAGGAAAACCCGAAGAGAGAGGCGAGAAAGGGAAAAGCGGCUGCCAAAGCUCCAGAGCGCUCGGCGAAUCCUUUCCACAUGUCUGGGGAUGUGGAUUUCUUCCUGCUCAGAGAUCAGGAGCGCAAUAAGGCCAUCUUGGAACGUGAGCAGAAGAAGAACAUGCGUGUGCACGAGAAGAUGACCUCCUCCUCCAGGGUGUCCACCAAGCAUACCAACCUGCGGAGAGAGCUGAAGCUGGAGGAUGAGGCCCAGGACCAGGAGCUGUUGGCCGAGGCCGAGCGGCUGCGUGCCUUCCAUGACAACACGGCCUGGAAGCUCACCGUGACCAGAGACAAGAAGGUGAGGUCUGACAGCACACGGAGCUACGUUGACCAGAAGCGCCAGAUGUUCCUCAUCCAGCAUGCCCUGGACAUGAAGCGGAAUGAGAUCCAGAGGCUGGAAAUGCUGGCCAGCCAGGAAGAGGCCAAGCUGGAGCGGGCUGAGAAGGCGCUGGAGAGGGAUGCUGCCCUGUUCGACGAGUUUCUCCGGGAGAACGACCGCAGCUCCGUGCAGGCCAUGCGAGUGGCUGAGAAGGAGACCAAAGCCAAGGUGGAGAAGAUCAUCGAGAUCCGGGACCUCUCUUCCCAGAUCAUGAAUAUCAAGAGUGAUAUCUCCAAAUUUGAGGACACUCUGGAGCACUACAAGGUCUACCAGGAGUUCCUGUACAAGCUGUCACCCAAGGAGUGGUUCGAAGAACAGGAGAAGCGCUUGGCUCUCAGAAAGGCCAAGGAGGUGCCCGAGGCUCCCUUGGAGAGCAGCGUGGACAAAGGCACAGAGGCCAAGGACAAGGCGGGCCCCCCAUGGUCCAGAGAGACUCCAGGCACAAAGAAGCCCGCCAAGCCCCCACAGGCCAUGAGGCCGAAGCAGGCCACAGCCCCCAGUGGCAGGAAACCGCAGCCACCCGCCUUCAUCCUGGGCUCUUGGAAGGGCAUCUUCCGGGCCGGCAGUGCCGAGGGGCCCUGGAGCAGGAGGGAGGCCUAUGGGCCUUGCCACUGUGACAACUGUGAGGCAGCACAGGUGAGGGGGGACAGGGCCACGCAUAGCCGCCUCCAGGUGUGUGCCCUCCCUGCUCACCUGACCACGCAGGCCAGUCUCUGGGCUCUGAGCCCGCUGUCCCUUUACAGGUCGAGCUCCACCCCCCUCUCCACGCAGGAGGACGUGGACAGCGAGGACAGUGAGGAGCUGCAGCUAUAUUUCACAGAGCCCCAGCAGCUCCUGGACGUCUUCACAAAGCUGGAGGAGCAGAACCUGUCGCUGAUCCAGAACACACAGGAGAUGGAGGAGACCCUGGAGGAGCUCAACCUCACCCUGAAGAACACCCAGAUCCGCAUGGACCGGGAGGUCAACCAGCUAAAGCAGUGGAUCGCCACAAUGAUGACAUCCAUCAUGAAGGAGGAGGAGACAGCCGCCGAGCUAGAGCUUAAGUCCCGAGUCUUCCACUUCGGAGAGUACAAGGGUGCUCAGCAGGACAAGCUGCUGGAGAGCCUGAACCACAAGGUGCUGGACGUGUACCGGCACUGCGUGGGCGCCCCACAGGAGGGCAGCCUGGGCACCGUGCAGAUGCUGACCGUCAUCGAGCACCAGCUGGACGAGCUGCUCGAGAACCUGGAGCGCGUGCCCCAGGCCAAGAUCGAGCAGGCCGAGAAGGCCAAGGAGAAGGAGCGGCGCACGAGGCUUCGGGAAGAGAAGGUCCAGCUGCAGAAACAGCUGCAGGAGGAGCGCAUGCAGCGGGCCCGGGCUCGGGCCCAGGCCGAGAUCAAGAAGAGGAGAGGGAGAAGGCUGCUUUGCCGCUCUCGGCCUCCCGCUCUCAAGUUCAAGGAGACAUCUGAGUACAGGACGCUGGACAAGGACAAGGAGCAGCAGCUGUUCUUCUUCACGUAACCUCGGCAGUGCCCAGGCCGGCCGGCAGCAGGGGCGGGGCGGGCGGGCGGCUGGCCAUCGCUGGCCCUCGUGUCCUCACUCGGAUAGAAUAAAUCGUAUUGCUGUCUUGAAGUCCUGUUGGAGGGAGCUGGCAGGUGGCCGCUGUCCCCA